CCCUCCUCCCCCGGGCUCAAGUCUGGAAUGAGAAGCGGCGGAGCGCGCGGGAGGAAUCUGUGCUCUCCUACCUGCCCCCGCGGCAGCUGGCUCGGGUUGGGAGGGGAAGCUGCGGAUGGUGGCGGCGGCAGCGCCCGGCGGGGACUCUGCUGGGACCUGGACGCCCCGGAGGGAGUGGUGGUAGAGGUGGAGGAGGAGGCGGGGGAGAAAGAGGAGGAGGUGGGGAAGGAGAAGGAGGAGGAGGAAGAGGAGGAAGAGGAGGAGGAGACGAAGAAGAAGGAAGAGGAGGAGGAGGGAACGAAGAAGGAGGAAGAGGAGGAGAAGGCGAAGAAACUGCAGCUGCCGCCGCCUCGGUGAGCGCUGGGAGAAGGCACAGAGCCGACGAGAGCAAGAACAGCUUCUCAGGCAGCCCCCGACUCCGUUCCACUCCGGGCCCGGAUCCAGCCCUCCAGGUUCCCAGCCGCUCGCCUCCCUCUGACGCACUUUAAAGAGUCUCCCCCCUUCCACCUCAAGGCGAGUAAUAGCGACCAAUCAUCAAGCCAUUUACCAGGCUUCAGAGGAAGCUGUUUAUGUGAUCCCCGCACUAAUUAGGCUCAUGAACUAACAAAUCGUUUGCACAACUUGUGAAGAACCGAGUACAUCCAUGGAUUGUCUUUGGACUUAGGGUGCCCUGCCCGCCUUUUGCAGAAGAGAGGAAACUUUUUUUUUCUCCCUCGAGAAACUUUUUCCCCCUUCUUUUCUCUGUCCGCAGCUCUGGGUCCCCCACGCUACCUCGCCAAAAAAAAAAAAAAUACCCCUCCCCAUCUCAGCCUGCAAACUCUUCUGGAAGGAAUUUUUUUUUUCUUCUCUCAUCUUUGGGUGCGUUCUGGUUCAAGAUUCUCGGGCUCCUUCCCGUUGCGUUGCCUCUCCUCUCCCUCCCCCUCCCCCCUUUUCUUUUCUUUUUUCCUUUCGACAGCACAACAAAAAUAUCAUUUUUUUCUCCCCGAAACUCGGCGUCGGAGCCAGCGCAUUGCUGACGCUCCGGAGCGGGGGAGCCCCCAGGACUCGCUCGGCAGCGCAGCAUGUUCCAGCCGGCGCCCAAGCGCUGUUUCACCAUCGAGUCGCUAGUGGCCAAGGACAACCCCCUGCCCUCCUCGCGCUCCGAGGACCCCAUCCGCCCGGCGGCUCUCAGCUAUGCCAACUCCAGCCCCAUAAACCCCUUCCUCAACGGCUUCCACACGGCAGCCGGCAGGGGCGUCUACUCCAACCCGGACUUGGUGUUUGCAGAAGCCGUCUCCCACCCGCCCAAUCCCGCCGUGCCGGUCCACCCCGUGCCGCCGCCGCACGCCCUGGCUGCACACCCCCUGCCCUCUUCGCACUCGCCCCACCCCCUCUUCGCCUCGCAGCAGAGAGACCCAUCCACGUUCUACCCCUGGCUUAUCCACAGGUACCGAUAUCUGGGCCACAGAUUUCAAGGUAAAAGUAUGGUUUCAGAACAGAAGGACGAAGUUCAAACGUCAGAAGCUAGAGGAAGAGGGUUCGGAUUCUCAACAGAAGAAAAAAGGGACGCAUCAUAUUAACCGAUGGAGAAUCGCUACCAAACAGGCUAGUCCAGAGGAAAUAGACGUCACAUCAGACGAUUAAAAACAAAAAACAAAAACAAAAUCCCACACAAACAAAACCGAGACAUAACAGAGACAGAAAAAGGAGAAGAACAAAAACAACCAAGCAAAAUCAACAAACGACAAAAACACAAAGAGAAAGAGAGAAGGUGGCACUUAGAAACUUUCCAGCAGAAAGUGUUAAGGAUCACAACCCAAGGCAGAGUGGAGACUGAGGAGAAGGCUCCUUCAUCAACAUGCAAUUCUCGUCUAAAGAGGCAGGGGGGAGAGAGAGAGAGAGAGAGAGAGAAAGAGAGAGAGAGAGAGAGAGAGAGAGAGAGAGAGAGAGAGAGAGAGAGAGAGAGAGAAGGGGGUGGGGGAGAGGUCCAAAAUGUGGCAUGGCCGACCCGGCUCUGACAAGGGGAGCUGUCAAUCAAAAACCAACCCAUCGAGACAAGAUGAUUGACAGGUAUUCCGUUUAUUGCAGUCCACUUUAAAAAUGAUAAUGAUAAUAAUUAUGAUAAAAAAUAACCAACCAGGCACAAGACUUUUUUUGCACUUCGAAGUUUUCCACUCUUUAAAAAUAAUAAUAGUGAUAAUAACAAACGCAAUUCCAGAUCCAGCCCAAACCCCACACCUAUUUCAGAAACUUGAAUUGCAUGUACCAGUUGUUGGGCAAACGGUGUCUAAAGACAGAAAUUGAAUUGUAACUUUUUUUCCUUUUUAAGACAGGUCUGUGUGCUUUUUAAUUUCUAUUUUUACGAGAAAUGUACAGUCUGUAAACAUUUAUUGAUAACUUCUGACGUCAAAGUGAUUGUGACAGCUAAUGAAGUAGCCGUUCACCAAUAGUGGUCCUCUAAAGAGAAAAAAGAGAUGAAAGGGGAGGGAAAGG